AUUCUAGCAUAAAGAAUGUCUUGGGGGCGGUGUAAUGACCCCAACCCCAAACUAUCCCCAAAGGCCAUUUUGUCUUUCUUUAAAAGAGAAAGAAAGAAAGAAAGAAAGAAAGAGAAAGAGAGAGAGAGAAAGGGAGAGAGAGAGAGAGAGGGAGAGAGAGAGAGAGGGGGAGAAAGCUCACCAGAAGUCCUAGCCGGAGCCACCACAUGCCAGACCGUUGAGCUCGCCACCACCAUCAUCCGCAACCAAAGCCCAUCAUCGUGUUCCACUCAUCGAGACGAAGCCGUAGACACCAACCGCGUCACGAUCGGAGCCCGGACGAAUCCGUACGCGCCUCCAGAAAACCGCCCUUCGCGCGCGCGUGAAACGCACGCGCCGCCGCCGGAAAUCGUCACCACCGCAGCUCCGCCGCCGGACCACCGUCCGCCGCCGCAGCUCCUUCGUCGCCGCCGGCCAACUUUCCGAUUUGGAGUCCAUUUGAGCAGCUGGAGUUCAUAUAUACCACUUAUCUUCAUUGCUAAGAUGGCGCCCAGGAAGAGAGUUGUUCGUACUCAGACUCCCAGAGUUGCUAGAGAGGCUGAGGAUGAGCAUGUCCAGCCCGCAGUUCCGCAGCAGGCGGCUCCGCCUAUUGAUCAGGAUGCUUUGAGACAGAUGGUUCAGGAUGCGGCUAGGCAGGCUGCACAGGAGACAGUCCAGCAAGCUGCCCAGGAGGCUGCCCGAAUAGCUGCUCAGGAGGUUGCCAGACAGAUGGCUGCAGUACAGCAGGGUCCGCAGAUUCGCAUGCAGCAGGCUCCACCAGUUCAGGUUCAGCAUUAUCAUCAGGUUCCACAUCAGCCGGCUCCAGUCCAGCAGUACCCUCAGGUUCCUGUUCAGCCGGUUCCAGGAGUUUUUCAGGUUCCACCACCGCCACCUGCAUUCCCAGUUCAGGUGCCCGAGGUUGAUGAGACAUUUAUCAGGGUGUUGGGACAGAUGAAGUAUGUGAGUUUGGAGCAUUUCACUGGAACGACGGAACCUACAGUUGCUCACGAUUGGAAGCACAAUUUGGAUAAGUGUUUGAAGACCAUCUCGUGCCCACCAAGGCUCAAGCUAAACAUCGCUGAGUUGUAUUUGCGCGGAGAUGCAUCAAUCUGGUGGGAUGGAGUGAGAUUGAUGCACCGUGGCGAGCUGACAUAUGAUGAUUUUCUUUACGCGUUCAACAAGAAGUAUUUUCCGAGGGAAGCUUUGCAUGAGAAGAAGAAUGAUUUCGAGCAUUUGAGGCAGGGUGCAAAGUCUGUCAGGGAGUAUGAGCGGGAGUUUAACCAGCUCCGCAGAUUUGUGGGUAACAACAUAGAUGAAGAGGAUCUGAUCAGGAGGUUCUUAGAUGGGAUGCGAGUAGAGCUUCGUGGUAGGUGCAGUGUGGUUACCUACACCAGUUUGGAGGAUCUGGUAGAGAAGGCGGCUGUGCAGGAGAAAUGUAUGGGUGGGGAGCAGAAGUUCUCCAAAGCAGUUCAGCCUAAGGCAGGAGGGGCUUCGGGGUCGCAGAAGAGGCCUUGGGAGCAGACUGUAGCACCCCGUUGUGGGCGUUGUCGUCGCCAGCAUUUUGGAGAGUGUCUCUAGUGCUUUAACUGUGGUCUGGUUGGGCAUAUCUCGAAGAAUUGUAGGAAGCCGCCACGUACUCAGGUUGCAGCGCCAGCAGCAGCAGUAGCACCAGCAGUGGCAGCGAGGAACUGUUACGGCUGCAACCAGCCGGGUCACAUCUACAGAGAUUGUCCGAGGAGAGGCAAUGCAGCGCUUCCACCACCACCGAAGCGUCCAGCCAUCGCUCCACGGGUCUUUACAGUUGGAGAUCCCCAAGGAGUUGAACCGAUAGCGGGUAUGUGACUUUUUCAUACUUGUUGUGUUUGAGUAUUUUGGUUUGUGGUUGUCAUGUGUAGUUAGCAAAAUCUCGUGUAGGAUCGGUUUCGGUUGGAGGAAAGUCAGCUCACACUUUAUUCGACACGGGAGCCUCUAAUAGUUUUGUGAGUCCACGCUUAGCCCAGUCUUGGCCUUUUCGGGGUGUCUUCGAACCGAAGGCUAAGAAGAUUCAGACUGCCGGCACGGAAAAGUUGGGAGCAGUCGGCAUUCAUCGCAAUGUACCAGUUAUUCUUGGAGGAGUUGAGUUUCUCGGAGAUUUGACGGAGCUGGAGAUGAGCUGCUACGAUGUUAUACUUGGAAUGGAUUGGUUGUCACGACAUCAAGUAGUACUGGAUUGUCCGAGAGCGAGAGUCCAUAUCCCCAGAGUAGAAGGGAAGAUCAUAUUCCAAGGGAUUCUGACGCACCAUGGAAUUUCCAUUGUCUCCAUGUUGCGCGCAGAUGAGCUACUGGAGAGAGGAGCAGAAGGAUUUUUGGCGACCAUUUCGAUGGUUAAGGAGGAUGGUCAGCAGGAGCUGCAUGACAUUCCAGUGGUUUCCGAGUACGAAGACGUUUUUGAGGCUUUAAAAGGGCCGCCACCAGCUAGAGCAGACGUUCUUGCGAUCGAGGUGGAGCCAGGAGCAACACCAGUUUCACGAGCCCCAUACCGCCUUGCACCAGCUGAGAUGGCGGAAUUGAAGAAACAGUUGGAAGAGCUAUCGGAUAAGGGAUUUAUCAGGCCGAGUACUUCACCGUGGGGAGCACCAGUGUUGUUCGUGAAAAAGAAAGAUGGGAGUUUCAGACUUUGUAUCGACUAUAGAGGUCUGAACAAAGUGACCAUCAAGAAUAAGUAUCCGCUUCCGCGUAUUGACGAGUUGUUGGACCAGUUGCAGGGAGCUUCUUGGUUCUCUAAGAUUGACUUGGCAUCGGGAUACCACCAGAUUGCGAUAGCUGAUGGAGAUGUGCGGAAGACGGCCUUCCGUACACGCUAUGGGCAUUAUGAGUUUGUGGUGAUGCCAUUUGGAUUGACGAACGCACCGGCAGCGUUCAUGAAGCUUAUGAAUGAUGUGUUUCGGGAGCACUUGGAUAAGUGUGUGAUCGUUUUCAUCGACGACAUUUUGGUUUAUUCUCGGAGUAAAGAAGAGCAUGCUGAGCAUUUGAGGAUUGUGCUGGAUAAGCUUCGGGAACACCAGUUGUUUGCCAAGCUGAGUAAGUGUAGCUUUUGGCAGAGGAAGAUUGGAUUUUUGGGCCAUGUGAUUUCAGAAGUAGGAGUUGCAGUAGAUCAGGAGAAGAUUACCGCCAUUUCAGAGUGGCCGACGCCAAAGAAUGCUACGGAGAUCCGCAGUUUUCUCGGUUUGGCAGGGUACUACAGGAAGUACGUCAAGAGUUUUGCUAGCAUUGCAAAGCCGAUGACAAAGCUGACGGGCAAAGACGUCAAGUUUGAUUGGUCAAACGAUUGCUCGAGGAGUUUCACUGAGUUAAAGCGACAGCUGACCCAUGCGCCCGUUUUGGUACUCCCGAGGCCAGGGAUACCAUAUGAGGUUUACACCGAUGCUUCAGGCACUGGUUUAGGAUGUGUAUUGAUGCAGGAAGGUCAGGUCAUUGCAUAUGCAUCACGUCAGUUGAGGCCUCACGAGGUCAACUAUCCUACGCAUGAUUUAGAGUUAGCAGCAGUUGUAUUUGCACUGAAGAUCUGGAGAUCAUAUUUAUAUGGGGAGAAGGUGAAGAUCUUCACGGACCAUAAGAGUUUGAAAUAUAUCUUCACUCAGGCGGAUUUGAAUUUGAGGCAGCGUAGGUGGGUCGAGUUGUUAGCAGACUACAACCUGGAUAUUGCUUAUCAUCCGGGAAAAGCUAAUCAGGUAGCAGAUGCCUUGAGCAGGCGCAGGAGCGAUGUUUCAGGAACCAAGGAGGUUCAAGAGUUUACUAGGACACUUGCUAGUCUCAGAUUGUGUGCCACUACCGUGGAAGGUGAGGCAGUUGGCCUCGAGGCUGUGGAGCAAGCAGAUUUGUUAUGGAAAGUGCGUAAGACUCAGGAUGCUGAUGAGGCUUUGUGUAAGCAGAUCGAGAUUGAGAGUAUUGGAUAUCAUACAGCUUCGAGUGGGAUGUUCAUGUAUCGGAACCGGGUUUGUGUGCCUAAUGAUGAGUUGUUAAAAAAGGAAAUCUUGCAGCAGGCACACCACUCGCGUUUCUCUAUUCAUCCAGGAAACACCAAGAUGUACAAGGAUCUCAAGCGUUAUUAUCAUUGGCCUGGUAUGAAGAGGGAUGUUGCUUCAUUUAUAUCGCAGUGUCAGACGUGUCAGAUGGUCAAGGCCGAGCAUCAGGUGCCUAGCGGGUUAUUGCAGAACCUGCCACUGCCAGAGUGGAAAUGGGACAUGGUAACUAUGGAUUUUGUGACGGGGUUGCCAACCACCUUAGGUGGAAAGAAUGCCAUCUGGGUAAUCGUGGAUAGACUUACCAAGUCAGC